AAAGCAAAGCAGUGAGUGUGUGAGAGAGAGAGAGAGAGAGAGUGUGAGUGUGUCCUCUGGUCUGCAAUGUCUGAUUUGCUCCAGUGGUUUGGGAAGGCCAACAACAUGCAGAAGGUGCUGAUGUUUUGGGGUCUGAUCAGUGGCGUUUGCUGCGUUUUGGACUCUUCCACCUCCUCCUCCUCCUCAUCCUCAUCAUUAUCCAACAACAACCACAGCCGCAGCAGCAGCAGCACCGACCUGACACGUUACUACGUUCACAUCGGAGACGGCUCUUCAGAGGAAUUCGAUUUCCCCGAAAACACCAAAGGGAUCAUCGUGAUCUCGAGUGGUUACGGGAUCGGCUGGGAGGAGGCGGAGAAGGAGGAGAAGGAGGAGAAGAAGGAGGAGGAGGAGGAGAAGAGGGAAAAGGGCUCCCACUGUAAGCUGACGGUGGAGUCCAUGGAUCCGGAUGUGCUCCGGGUACUGAACAUCAGCAAUGCCCAGACCGUGGGGUUUGAGAAAAGUUACAUCGUCAGCAUCCAGUCCGGCAUGGCCGGCUCCGCAGCCCUGCUGAUCAGGCUUCUGGACGGUACCAGUGCGGAGCCGACUGUCGUGGCCGAGCGCAGCGACUACACCAUCAAAGUGUCGCCCAACGACGAGGCCGUUGGCUACGCUGCUCUGGCCCAUUUCUCUCGAAACCCCGUGCUGUACGCCCUCCUGCCUCUGAUCUUCAUCAACAAAUGUGCUUUCGGGUGCAAAGUGGAAAUAAGCGUCCUGAGGGGGCUGCUCAAGCAGCCGCACCCCGUCAUUCUGGGCAUGAUCGGCCAGUUUGUCCUGAUGCCUCUCUAUGGCUAUGCCUUAUCCCAGAUGUUCUCGCUACCCAAAGCCCUGUCCCUGGGACUGAUCAUCACUUGCUCCACCCCAGGUGGGGGCGGGGGUUACCUCUACAGCCUUCUCCUGGGAGGGGACGUGACCCUUGCCAUCUCCAUGACCUUGCUUUCCACGGUGGUGGCCACUGGCAUGAUGCCUCUCUCGUCCAGUUUGUACAGCCACGUCCUCAACGUCCACGAAACUCUGUACGUGCCCUUCUCUAAGAUCCUGAUAACUCUGCUGUUCAUCGCCAUCCCCAUCUCCACGGGAAUGUUCAUCAAGUAUAAAUUCCCCAAGCUCAGCAAGAUCCUGCUUCUGCUUAUCCGACCGCUCAGUUUCAUACUGAUCGUCGGAGGACUCUUCAUGGCUUAUCAGAUGGGAGCGGAUAUACUAUCUAACGUUCGGAACGAAAUCAUUCUCGCCGGCAUCGCUGUCCCUGUGUUCGGAUUGUUCAUUGGGUACCUCAUGGCGUACUGCUUGAGUUUGCCCGUUCCUCUGUGCAAAACUGUCAGUAUCGAGAUUGGAGUUCAAAAUAGCCUGCUGGCACUUGCUGUGCUCCAGUUGUCCUUCCGCCGCUUUGAAGCAGACUUUGCGUCUCAGGCCCCUUUCAUCGUGGCUCUCAGCUCCACAUCAGAGAUGCUGAUUGUCGUGGUUGUUUAUCUCGUCUACAAAAAACUCAGGCCCAGCCCCGACUCUGAGAAUGGCGACUUCAAGCCGUAAACCCUUUGCAAAUUCUUCAAACCAAAACAAAGGCAAAUUUCGUGCACUGCGAAAAUUUAAAUAUUUUUGUACCGUCAUGUUUUCUAAAACAAAAACUAUAAUAGGUACUGCAGUAAUUAAUUUGAUAUGUUUACAGUCUUCGAAAAAUGAGCCAAUUCUGUAUUUUGCUUUUUUUUUUGCUUAAAAUAAAAUUGCACUGUAAUUCACGAACUGAAAAUCUGAAUACAUUAAGUCAAUCUCUGCCCGUUGUAUUUAGUAUCAAUUCCUUAAUUGGAUGUACUAAAUUUAAUCCAGUAUUUGGGGUUGGAAAAAUCUCUUCAUUUUCAUUUCCGCAAACGAUUUGUUUCGUUCAAUCAUUUUGUCCCACUGCAGUGAGAGUUGCUGCCUCCUGUAAAAAAAAAGAUGUGCAAUAAUGUUUAAUCAGAGAGAGUCUGCAUUGUUACAUAAUCCUGUAAAGAUUAUAAUAAGAACUGUCGAUGCAUUUAUCUGGUAUGUUACUCUUUACAGAGUAUUGUACUUUAAAUGACAGUCAGAGAAUAAAGUUACCUGGGAAUAGAGGUGUUGUACAGAUGUAACAAUUAGACAGCACUGUUAAAUUCUGUUCCAAAGGUGAUGUAAGGGAGAAUGGUGGGUGUGGUAGCCUUUUCCCCAUUCCUUUCGUGUUGGGGAAAUACUUCUCAAAACACAGCAUAUGUUUGUAGAUUUCCCCACAAACCAGCAUUUUUAAAAGCACGAAACAAGUGGUAACAGAGAUUCUGAUAAAUAUACAGAGGUGUCCUGUCUAAUGUUUUUUUUUAGUAUUAAUGCAAAAAGAAAUUGUGCAAUACAAACUCUUGUCUUGUGUAAAUGUAGAAUCUGCGGCUUGCAAGACAGCAAAAGUAAGUACUGGCAAAAUACCAGAAGCCACAUUUUUGGCAGACGAAUCCAAAUUGUCUCUUUUACAACGCAACUUGAACAAGUUUAGUAAAAAAAAAUUAGAAUUGGACUGAAGGUAAAACUGAAUUUCAGAUCAGCUUUCCUCUAGAGGAGAAGUGACUGUAUGAACAAGGUCACACGAAGGGAGAGUGUUGCUGUAUCUAUCCUUCACCACAUAAGAGCUGUGAAAUUGACCAAGGAAAAUAUAAAGCAGAUCUUAGUAGCAAAAAGAUUUCCUCUCUUAUUGAAUAGGGCCAUUGUCUUAUAUAUUACAUUUUACCAAUACAAGUUUUUGGCACAUAAACCCAUUGAAAGCAGUUAAGAUUGUUUUGGUAGAAUCAAUUUUUUUUGCAACUUUUUUUUAAGCAACCUGUAACAGUUUCUGGUUCCAGUUGAGAUACCGCCGCCUGAUGAGAUUUAUUGUGUAAUAUAAUAAAUAUAUAGCAUGGCAGAUCCUGCUAAGUCUUGUACUUUAUUUUUUAGCCCAUCUUAAAACCAUGUGCUUCAAUUUGAAUGUGUUAUUUAGAGCAAAUACCCAGGCCCGUUAAGACAUGGUUAAGCAAUGGCUUUUCUGGUUACUGUGAAGUUUUGUCCCUCUCUCCUCGGUAAUGCUGCAGAUGGUAUUUAAGACUUUGACUACAAGCUGGCCAUUGUUGUACUGUAAAUAUCAGAUGGAAUUAAUGAAAUCUACGCUGACGAUUAGACUGAAAGUGAAGAAAUGUUUUGAAGUAAUCAGGCGUCAAACCAGUUUCUUCCUCCUUCACAAAGCACAGUGACUUGCACGAAUUAGCUCAGUUGGUUGAUUUUGUGAUUGUCUGUGAGGCUAAGCAAUUUUACUAUGUCUGAGUUUACAGUCCACUUGCAGAUUGAUUACUGUAUGUCAGACCCAUCUGCUUUGAACUUGUUUAAGCAUGAACAGAAUACAAAGAAAAGUAAGCUUCAGCAGAAGUUUAUCAUGUAUGGAAGUUAUGUCAUAAUAAGACGAUGGAGAUCUCUACUUAACCAGUUCUGAUUGAAGUGUAAUAACUAUACUGUUACUCCAGCAAUGGCUGUGAUAACUGGCUGACAUGUCAUCAGUUAUUCAUAAACUGAUAUUUCAGACAACUUUUAUUUUGGUAAACCAUAUGCAUUGAAAUUCCAUUUUGCAGUGUGUACCAUGUACUCUGUUGUUUUUUUCUGGGUCAUACAACAUUUGCUAAAUAAAUACCUGUACAUUUGUUGAGUAACAGAAA